AUGUCUUCACUUCGCUCAGAUCAACCUUCAAAUCCCAAUCGGAUCUACCCCGAACCCUAUUUCCCCCAAAUCGAUCAUUUCGACCGCAUCCCCGAUUCUCUUCUUCUCUUAGUUUUCAACAAGAUCGGUGAUGUUAAAGCCUUGGGGAGAUGCUGCGUCGUUUCGCGCCGCUUUCACUCUUUAGUUCCUCAGGUUGAAAACGUUGUUGUUCGCGUUGAUUGUGUUAUUUCUGAUGAUGAUUCCAAUUCUUCCUCUGCUUCGUCUGAUAAAUCUCGUGGUCCGUUUUGGAAUCUGCUUCGCUUGGUUUUUGGUGGGAUUGCUAAACCGAUUCAGACGAUUGGGCAGUUUUUGGGGCCCAAGAGAGGUUCCGGUGUGAAUUCCGGGAAUUCGUCUUCGUCGAGUUCGCCGCUUGCUGUAGGAAGUGAGGAUGAUGGAGAUGGCGGUGUUACACAUCACUCGCCUACUCAGGUUUUGAAGAAUUUUAACGAGAUUCGGUUGCUUCGGAUCGAGCUUCCGAGUGGGGAGUUAGGGAUAGAGGAUGGGGUUUUGUUGAAAUGGAGAGCUGAUUUUGGAUCGACUCUUGAUAAUUGUGUAAUUCUAGGGGCUUCUUCUGUUUUUCAUCCGAAAUCUCAAGAUGGUGUGGUUGUUGAUGCAUCUUGUGGCGUUGGUGGUGGUGGUGGUGAUGAUAAUGGAAGUAUACCGGAUUCGUUUUACACAAACGGUGGUUUGAAAUUGAGGGUAGUUUGGACGAUUAGUUCGUUGAUUGCUGCAUCUGCGAGGCAUUACUUGUUGCAACCGAUUAUUUCAGAGCAUAGGACUUUGGAUAAUUUGGUGUUAACUGAUGCAGACGGGCAAGGUGUGUUGUAUAUGAACAGAGAUCAGCUUGAAGAGUUGAGGGUGAAGCCGCUUUCGGCUUCUUCUGCUUCAAAGAGGACUCUUGUGCCUGCUUUGAAUAUGAGGCUUUGGUAUGCGCCUCAUUUGGAGUUACCUGAUGGGGUUAUUUUGAAAGGUGCUACUCUUGUUGCUAUCAGGCCUAGUGAGUUGUCAACUACAACUGCUAAGAAGGAAGGAUCUGAUUUAUCUUGGGUUUCUACAGCUUUUGAAGAGCCGUAUAGGUCUGCUGCUACAAUGCUUAUUAAGAGAAGGACUUAUUGCCUUGAGAUGAAUUCCUUUUGA